AUUAAUUUGAAAGACGCGAACAUAGUAAAAAUUGUAAUUCCUAGUGCCCUUGCCAAUAAUGAUCUAAAAUAAAUGGCGGGAAUAUUGCAAUCAAAUCUAUUUUAAUACCAACGCAUAGUGUCAUGGCGCCAAAAUCUUACGCUACGCGUGUAACAAGAAUAAGUGUUAAACUGGUUACUUUUACAAUAUCGUUUGCAUUUUUGUAGUUUUUCUCGUGCAGUGAUGAAGGAUGAAAAAUAUUACACAAUAUUUUGUAGACACUGUAAAAUCUAGCGAAAUCACAAUACGUUCUAACGAUUAUACGAAGGAAGAAAUUGGAUCUAAAGAUGAUUUGAAUAAAAAGCAUAAUCGUAUUAAAAACAAAAUAUCUCGAACUAAUAAUAAAGAAACAGAAUGUGAUGUUAUAGAAAACAAUAAUGACAUGAUUGAUAAAACACGUACUCCAUUAACCAAAGUAAGUAACGUGAAAAAAAAUUCACGUGAAACAUCGAAAAGAUCAUCCUCAUCGAAAUUACCAUCGCAAAAAUUCCAAAAUGAAGACUUGAAUUGUUUGUUAUUAGAAAAUGAAGAUAUCUUCGACACGAGACCGAAAAGUCGAAGUGAAAAACAAAAUUCUCGAAAUUCUUUAAACAAUGAUAAGAGUUAUAAGAAAAAAUUGAAAGCUAAAAAAAACACUAAUACUGAUACAAGCUUAAAUAGUUCAUUUAAAAACAAGGAUGAUACUGACGAUCUAGACUUAUUAAUUAUUGAUUCUGAUGACCCAAAUGAACAGGAAGAUUGUCUCGAAGAAUCUAAUGCUUUUAAAAUUAUUAUGAGUAGCAACAAACCAAUGCAACGAAUAUCUCCGACAAAACUUCCUUCUCCAACUGACGAAACAACUAGGAAUACCGAAGAAUAUAAAAAGAAAAUAAGACGUUCUAAAGAAAGGCUUAUAGCUUUAGCAGAUAAAAAAGGAUAUUCCAAAAGAAAAUUGUCAGAAAUAGAGGAAGGUGAAAAGGUGGAACGAAUUAUUCAAAAUCGUAUAAAAGCUUUUAAAAUGGGAGAGAAGAAAGAUAAUGUAAGCACACCUGUUUUAACACAAAGACAACCACAUGGCAUAUUAAAUUACUUCAGCAAAACACCGAUGAACUUAACACACACAAAUAUAUCGGAUAUGUCUACUAUUGUAGUCAAAGCUGACGUGCACAUGACAGAAAAUUCUGUUAAACACAGUGGGUGCAUUUCAAACUCAAAGAAUGAAGUACGACCAAAUAGGAAAAAUGGAUCAGAUUUACAUUUCUCUCAAAUAGAUGAUAUUAGUAUUAUAGAAUCUGAAAAUAUUAAUAUAUCACAAAUAAAAGCAGAACAUAAACAACAGCAAAACAAUCAUAAACGUAGAUGGUCCUUAAGAGUUAAGCUUCGAAAUUGCAAGGAUGAAAAUUCUUUGUCAGCAGAAAAUGUUAGUGUUGAAGAAAUACUCUCGCCAAGAAGCAAAACUAAGUUAAACAUGGAAAAAUUGAAAAAAUCUGAAAGAAUUAAAAGUGUUUGUUCAGAAAAUUCAUUAUUGAACAAUAAGAGCAAGAAAAGUAUACCAAAAAAACUACAGGAACUUGAGCAAUUAGAAUGUCUUGAGGAUAAUAUAAUCCAAGACAAAAAACAUUCAAAAACCCAAUUUGAAAAUAAACAUAAAUUCAUGUCUCAUAAGUGCGAGUCAAUUUUAACACAAAAUAAAAAUUUAACCGAUUUUGUUGACUCCAAUUUAGAAAAUGUUACUGAAGUUAAAUUAAAUAAAACAAACCGCAUAAUUAAUGAUGAUAAUUCAAAGAGAAAGCCGACUGAUAAAUUGGCUCCUUUAUUUACAAAACGACAAAAACCAGAUCCAGAAACUAUAGCAGCGCGACAAUUGUUUUUACAGCCAGAUAUAACAGAUAAAAGUAAUAAAAAUAUAGAUAGAAAAGUAAAUAGUUUUGGUGUAUUACCAUUUCCAAGUAUUAGUCACGUUACGCAAUUAACCAAAUUAAGUAGCAAUUUAAUAGACAACUUCGAUAUUCCAGAAAAGAUUUGCAAUCAAUAUGUUCCAGAUUUAAAUGUAUACAACUAUAAAUGUGUAAUAGACGUUUCUGAAAUAAAGUUAAAAUUACCAAAAAAUAUUAAGAAACCAAAAGUUCAGGAAGUAUUAACAGAAAUAGAAAAGAAUUGUCCAGAUGUAAGAGAAAUGUGGAAUAUUAUUUUAUUCGCUUUUGGUAGAAAUUCUAACGAAGCAGUAACAUUAAAAACAAAAAGUAAAAGAAGUAAACAAUCUGAAAAAAGUGAAACAUCUAAACAUAAACAUAAAUCAGAUGAAAUUGAAGGUUGUAGCUGGACUUAUAAGUAUAGACCAAAAAAUGCUAAGGAGGUAGUUGGAAAUGAAGAAGCUGCUGCAAAAUUGAGAGAAUGGUUAAUUGGAUGGAAAGCAACAUUUACGAAUGAGAAUGAUAGCAGUGGAGAUGAAUUUUAUUCAUCGGAUAGUAGUUAUUCAAGGAUUAGUGGAAAUAAUCAGGUAGCUGUAUUAUUAGGACCACAUGGUAGUGGAAAGACUGCUACUGUAUAUGCAUUAGCAGAAGAAUUCGGUUACACUGUAUUAGAAGUAAAUGCAUCGUCUAGAAGAACUGGAAAAAAACUGUUGAAAGAAUUGGAAGAAGCAACUAAAUCACAUCGAAUUAAAAAAGAGGACAAUGCAAUUCCUCUUUUUAAUUCAAUUUCAGAUGAAAUUUUACCAAAGAAAAUACCACAAAAUUCGCUCAUUCUUAUAGAAGACAUUGAUCUUGUGUUUGAAGAAGACGAAGGUUUCACUUCCGCUACAUAUCAAUUAGCAUCAAAUACAAAACGUCCAAUUAUCAUGACGUGUAGAAAUGUUUGUCCACAUUUAACUAAAAUGGCACCUCAACAAAAUAGAAUUUAUUUUCAAAGUCCUACUGGGAGUAAAGUGCUUGCUUUAUUAGAACUGAUUUCAUUGGCAGAAACUGGUUACAAACUUCCAAAUGAUUGUAUAACAGAACUGAUGCAAUCUGGUGAUUUACGCAAAGCUAUACUACAGUUACAAUAUUUAUUGCUAUCUGGUCCCAUACAAAUGUUUGAACAGUCUAUAACUUUUAAGCACUCAUUUUGGCAAAAUAUGCGACAUUGUUUGUAUAAACCAGCAAUUAAAGCGAGUAAAAGACAAAGAACAAAAAGGAUUCCAGGCAAAAACGUAGCGAAUGAUAAUAUAGAUGUAUUAAACGAUGUAGCACAUAGAUUAGAUAACAUAGUUUUAUUGUCGUCUUUAAUCGAGGUAGAGGAUAGUGCGUUAAACUUGUGGCAAAUAAAUACACAGCCUAGCCUGUCUUUAAUUGAGAAUACUGAUCCAUAUUCUGUUUCAAAUAAUAUAUGUUUAAACAUGGCUGAGUGGAUAAGUAAAAAAGUUAUGUAUAAAGAUAAAUUAAAUGAAUUUGAUGGAACUCGAUAUCAACAUAAUAUUGGAUUAAAAAAACAACUAAAUAAAGGAAUUAAUGUAGCAUUAUCGAACACCACAUCUUUAGUACUCGAUCGUCGAAUUAUGUCUACAGAUUAUCUUCCAUCUGUAAGAACGAUAUGUAGAGCAGAAGAGUGCAGAGCUAACAUAAAUAAUAAGAGAGGAAAUCGGUUCUUUCACUAUCUUCAUAGCUUGAAAGUAUCAUCUAUAUCAUUCCAGCCUAACAUUUUAUCAGCAGCAUGCCAAGUUAUGUAUGACAAAGGGGAUAAUGAUACGCGUAUAAUUAAAAAUAAUUCUAAUCUCAUUUAACAAUUUUUUACUGUAUGGAUUAUAAGAAUGGUUAUAUAUAUUUUCAAAUAUACAUUAUUUCUAACAAUAUGCAAAGUAUAUUUAAUGACAAGUUUUUUGACGAUAAAACUACUAAUAUUAUGCAAAUGCAAAUAUUUUGUUUGGUCUUUUAAAUGAACUAGAUUAUAUAGGCCAUUGAUGAUGACUAUCUUCACAAUAUCAAAAAUUAAAAUUGAAUAUUUUAUAAAUGCAUUGUAUUUUAAUAAUAAGAGUAUGUCAUAUUCUAUAGUUGUUUUUGACACAAGAUUGUUGUACAAAAUUGUAUCAUAGUGCUUUUGAAGUGCCUAUUAAAAUGAUUGAUUAUAAUGUUUUUGAAUUUUAUGAUUAUACACAAUAAAAUGUCGUCGGAAGUAC